AUGUCUGACGCGCAAACGCUUUCUACACGCACCCAUUUGGGGCAUCUGUUGAAUCCUGGAGACCUGGUCAUGGCGUUUGAUAUUCGCAAUUGUAAUGUCAACAAUACUGUAUUUGACGAAAUGAAGCCCGAAGAUAUCCCGGAUGUUAUAAUUGUGAAAAAGGUGUAUGAUCGUGCUCGAAGACUUGCCCAUCGAAAAUGGAAGUUGAAACGUUUGGUUGUAGAUGGUAACAUCGUUGGUAAUGAAACUGAAAGUGUUGCAGACGAGUUCCAGAGGUUUAUGGAAGACGUAGAAGAAGAUCCUGCCUUGCGUGAGAAGAUUAACAUCUACAAGCUGUUGAUAGCGAUGACGAAGGCUAUACCCGAUGCACCUACUCUUGCUGAAAUGUUGGAUGACCUUAACUUUGAGGACAGUGAAAUGCAGGACGUAGCCGCUGAAUCAUCGCAGGAAGAACCGAUGGAUAAAGUUUAG